AUGUCAUAUGACGAGGUGACGUCAUGGGCGCUCGAGCCGCUGAAAGGAGAACUGGAUUACGAAACGAGCCAUCUCGAAAAUUCCAUUCAGGACAGAGGGGAGAAGCUACACUUGAGGUCAUGCGGUGCGUCGUGUCAUUCACAGGAGAUCCUCCAAAGCUUAAACAUUUAUAGAAAAAGCGGAAUGUUUACGGAUGUCGUCCUCCACGUCGAUGGCCACGACUACCCCUCUCACAGGGCUAUCUUGUCUGCCAACAGCUCCUAUUUCAGAGCCAUGUUUGGUGGCAACCACAAAGAGAGUUGUCUACAUGUGGUCAACAUCCAGAAGAUCUCAGCUUCAACCAUGGGUCUUCUUUUGGACUACAUGUACGGGGGACACCUCACCAUACAAGAAGACAACGUAGAAGGCAUCUUGCAGGCUUCGGACUUGCUCCAUAUCGACCGCUUACUGGAGGCCUGCGUCAAAUUCCUGGAGAAUCAACUGCACCCCUGCAACUGCGUCGGAAUCAUGAAGUUCGCUGACUCGUUCUCCAUCGCGUCGUUGUCUGAAAAAAGCAAGAAGGUCAUGCUGGAGGGAUUCGCCGAGGUGUCUUGUCACGAAGAGUUUUUGGAGCUGAGCAAAGAGGAGCUGGUGGAGUAUUUGACCAACGAGCAACUGGUGGUGGCCAAGGAAGAGGCGGUCUUUGAAGCCGUCAUGAGAUGGGUCAAUAACAAUCAAAGCAGCAGGAGGCAAGCGCUGAGGGAGCUCUUAGAACACGUGAAGUUGCCUUUGCUCGAUCCAACUUACUUCCUAGAGAAGGUCGAAAUGGACAAGACCAUCCGAGGCUGUACUGAAUGCUUUCCUUUGUUACACGAGGCCCGGAUGUAUUAUAUCCUAGGUAACGAGGACAAUUCUUUCAGAACAAGACCUAGAUGCUCCUCGGAUUUAUCGGAGGUCAUAGUGAUUAUUGGAGGAUGUGAUAAAAAAGGCCUAUUAAAGCUUCCUUACACCGAGAGCUAUCGGCCGAAGACGAGGCAGUGGACGUCGCUGCCCAGCCUGCCCGGAUACAGCAAGUCGGAGUUUGCUGCCUGCGCUUUAAAAAAUAACAUUUAUAUUUCGGGGGGUCACAUUAAUAGCAGCGAGGCGUGGAUGCUAAACACUCAGCUGAAUGUAUGGAUCAAGAUCGCGCCUCUAAACAAGGGCAGGUGGAGACAUAGAAUGGCCGCACUGAAAGGAGGGAUUUACGCGGUCGGGGGCUUUGACGGGGCGCGGAGGUUGUCCUCGGUGGAGCGUUACAGCGCGUUCAGUAACAGCUGGUCGGAGGUCUGCCCCCUGCUGGAAGCCGUCAGCUCUGCGGCGCUGGUGACCUGCAUGAACAAAUUAUACGUGAUUAGCGGGGCGGUCGACGAAUACGCCAACACCGACAAGGUCCAGUGCUUCGACCCUGCGGAUAAUAAAUGGACGUUCCUGGCUCCGUCCCCGUUUUCCCAGCGCUGCAUCAGCGGCGUGGCGUUAGACGGAGUUAUUUACGUCGUCGGGGGGAUGCUCUGCACCGUCUUCAGUUACGAUCCCGCUAAAGACGUCUGGAGCGAAGUCAUAAACCUACCGGGACCUCUGGAGAGCUGUGGUUUGGCGGUCUGCGCUGGGAAUAUUUAUAUUCUGGGGGGCAGCGAUGAGAGCGGAGAAGGGACGGACAAAGCCUUUGUGUUCGGCCCCAAGACGAGGAGUCUACACGUCGAGCCCCCCCUGCAGCGCUGUAUCAGCUACCACGGCUGUGUGACCAUCCUGCAAAAGGCCGAAGCUCGGUGA